CUGUCCUGCCCCGAGCCCUCCCCUCUGCGCGGCCCGCCUGGGGCAGGGCUGGAAGCCGGAAGCGGACGCGAGGGAGCUAACUCGGGACUCAGACGAGGGGAAGCCAGGGGCGCGCCCUCGCUGCGCCCCCAGCCCGGGCGCGAGCCCUCCGCGAAGGCCGGGGCCAUGGUGGCUCCGCGCCGCCGGCCGCGCGCGUCCCAGGGGUCCCCGCCGGUGCCGUCGCUCCUGCUUCUCCUCCUGCUCCUGUGCGCCCCGGGCCUGGGUCGCGCCUCCCCGAGGCUCUUGGACCACCCGGCGCCCGUGUGCACCCAGCAGGGGCUGAACUGCAUAGUCAAGAACAGUACCUGCCUGGACGACACCUGGAUCCACCCUCGAAACCUGACCCCCUCGUCCCCCAAAGACGUUCAGACCCAGCUGUGCUUUGCCCGCACGCAGCAAGGACAGCUGCUCCCCGUGGUUCACAUCGAGUGGACGCUUCAGACAGAUGCCAGCAUCCUCUACCUGGAGGGGGCGGAACUGUCCGUCCUGCAGCUGAACACCAACGAACGUCUGUGUGUCAAGUUUGAGUUUCUGUCCACACUGAAGCAUCAUCACAAGCGGUGGCGUUUUGCCUUCAGCCACUUCGUGGUGGAACCCGGGCAGGAGUACGAGGUGACCGUCCACCACCUGCCUAAGCCCAUCCCUGACGGGGACCCAAACCACCAGUCCAGAAACUUCCUGGUGCCCGACUGCGAGGACCCCAGGAUGAAGAUCACCACGCCCUGCGUGAGCUCAGGCAGCCUGUGGGACCCCAGCAUCACUGUGGAGACCCUCGAGGCCCACCAGCUGCGGCUGAGCUUCACCCCGUGGAACGAGUCCACCAAAUACCAGAUCCUGCUGGACAGCUUUCUACCCACGGAGAACCGGAGCUGCGCCCGGCGCGUCAUGGAUCUGACCGUGCCUGCACAGGAGGCCACCCGGCAGUGCUGCAACGUCACACUCACCCUGCCAGACCUCAGCUGGUGCUGCCGUCACCACGUGCAGAUCCAGCCCUUCUUCAGCAGCUGCCUCAACGACUGCCUCCGACACUCGGUGGCCGUGCCCUGCCCAGAGGUCCCGCACGCCUCAGACGCCGUCGAAGACUACGUGCCCCUGUGGGUGUCCAGGUGCAUCCCCGGCCUCUCCAUCCUGCUGGUGGGUUCCGUCAUCCUGCUGGUCGUCUGCAUGGCCUGGCGGCUGCCGGGGUCCCAUCACGGAAAAUAUGAAAACGGCACCAGAUGCACAGACGUCCUGCCCGCUGCCACCAGCCUGAGCCCCCCACCCUUGAAGCCCAGGAAGGUGUGGAUCGUUUACUCGGCCGAUCACCCCCUCUACGUGGACGUGGUCCUAAAGUUCGCCCAGUUCCUGCUCACUGUGUGCGGCACCGAAGUGGCCCUCGACCUGCUGGAGGAACAGGCCAUCUCGGAGGCGGGGGUCAUGACCUGGGUGGGCCGCCGGAAGCAGGAGGUGGUGGAGGGCAACUCCAAGGUCAUCGUCCUGUGCUCCCGAGGCACCCGGGCCAAGUGGCAGGCCAUCCUCGGCGGGCAGGACGCCAUCGUCCAGCUUCGCUGUGACCGCGGGAAGCCCGCGGGGGACCUGUUCACGGCGGCCAUGAACAUGAUCCUGCCGGACUUCAAGAGGCCGGCCUGCUUCGGCACCUACAUCGUCUGCUACUUCAGUGACAUCAGCUGCGAGGCCGACAUCCCCGAGCUCUUCAACAUCACCUCCUGCUACGCGCUCAUGGACAAGUUUGAGGAGGUCUACUUCCGCAUCCAGGACCUGGAGAUGUUCGGGCCGGGCCGCAUGCACCGUGUCAGGGUGCUCACGGCCCAGAACUACCUGCAGAGCCCCGGCGGCCAGCAGCUCCGCGAGGCCGUGCAGCGCUUCCGACGCUGGCAGGCCCAGUGCCCCGACUGGUUCCAGCUCGAGAACCUCUGCUCGGCAGACGACCAGGACCUCCCGUCCCUGGAUGAGGAGGCCUUCGAGGAGCCGCCGCCGGGAGGAGGGAUCGUCCGGCAGGAGCCGCUGGUGCUGGAACCCGCCUCCCAGGGCAGCCUGCUGGUGGAGCUGCUCCUCGCGGGGGACAGAGGGGGCCCGUCGCGGCUGGAGCCCCAGCCUCGGCCCCAGGAGCAGCCGGCGGCCCAGACACUCCAGACCACGGUGGUCCCGGUGGACGGGGCCCCUCUGGCGCAGGCGGUGGAGCCUGUGCCUCAGGCCGUCAGGAGCGGUGCCGCCAGCCGGCUGGCCCUGGCUAGGGGAGACGAGGCCCGCCCGCUCCUGGGCGGCUGGGGCCCUGGGCGGAACAGCAUCCUCUUCCUCCCCGUGCACCCCGAGGACCCGCCCGUGCGCAGCAGCCCCGCGGGGCGGCCGGACGGCUCCGUGCUGCCGCCCCCGCAGCAGAGCCUGAGCUGCCAGGAUGUGCGCGCGCCCCCUGGGGAGGAGCAGCGGCGGUCGACGCAGUCGGACCAGGGCUACAUCUCCAGGAGCUCCCCGCAGCUCCCGGACGACGACGACGGGGCCCAGGGCGGGGGGCCGGGCGCGCAGCCGCUGUAUCCCGAGGGCCUGGAGAGCCUGCGGCGCCUCCAGCUACAGCUCUUCCUCCAGGAGCUCCGCAAGAACCCUGGCCUGGAGCCCAAGGGGCUGCCGCGUGGGGCCUCCCCCGCCCAGGGCGGUGAGCACGUGUGUCCGUAGGUGUGCACGUGUGCACGUGUGUAUGCUCGUGUGUGGGACGUGUACCUUUAAAACGUAAACACCUUGACUCUGUCCCCUUAACCUUUCUUCCCGUGACCGUCUCCACGAGAAUCCACAGCGUGUUCCCAGGAGCUAAUGGCAGUGUCCUUGGGUGUCCACCAUGCGUUCCUUCAGCCUUUAUUUUGUGUCCGGCAUUGCCCUGACCAUCAAGGAGCUGCCCGUCCAGUGAGAGGGACGGGGUAGCACACGGGGUGGGGCGCGAGAUGCAGAGGCUGCCAGAAGCUCGCCUGGGACCGUGAAGUCUGCAGAAGGGGCGCCUGGCCCAGGGAGAAGCUUCUGGAGGAGGACAUGUCUGAGCCGAAGGAGCAGCUCGUUUCCCGGGCCGAGGGCCGCAGGCGAGCGGGGCAGGGCUGUAACCGAGCCUGCCGCGGAAGGCGAGGCAGUGGGCGCAGCCCGCGGAGGCCUCGGGGCCAGGCUGGGUGCGGCUGGGGCUCCUUCACCAGGAUGAGUUGCUGGCGUCAGGAGGCUGAGGGCCAAACACACCCAGUCAUUUUCGGAAAGAGACCAGAUAGAAGUGAGGGUCGUGGCCCCUGACGGCAUCAGCAGGGCCUGAGCCCACGCGUGGCCUCAGUCAGCGGGAGACCUACGGCCGAGGAUUCUUUCGGGGCUGCAGGCUGGGCCCCUGGGCUGCAGCCCCCGAGCUCGGGAAGCACAGGGAGCCCCCAGCCCUGUGCACGUUGGGGUCCCCCCCUGGGAUUGAGGUUUCUCUUUGCCUGUACCUGAGUCCUGAACUGGAGCUCCAGGCUCCUGCCCGGAGGAGAGGAUUCUGAAGUUCGGUGGGAAAUCAGAUACCAGGGUGUGCGCACGCACGCGUGUGAAAGAGCUUAUCAAUGAAAGAAUGAAUAAAUUUGUUAACUCAGGUUAGAAUUCCUGGCGGUCGAGUCACACGUUGCUAUAGGUCAAGAAGUUUCUAGUGGCAGAGGCCUUUCUCGUGGUGAGAUUGUGCCUGGUAGCAGCAGGCCUUCGAGGCCCAGGCCCCGGACGGUGCAUAGCUCACAGCCAGCCCGCUGGUAGCACAGGACCAGGUGCGGGAGUGCUAUAGACUGGCGUCUGUGUCCCUCCAGAUCCUUAGGUUGACACCUAAUCCCCAGUGUGAUGGUGUUGGGGAGGACCUCUGGGAGGAGGUGAGGGCAUGGGUGGGGCCUCGUGGACGGGACGAGUGCCCUUAUAGGAGACCCCGCAGGGCCCCCUCGCCCUUCUGCUGUGCGAGGACACAGCGAGACGGCCGUCUGUGAAGCAGGAAUCUGCCGGCACCUUGACCUUGGACUUCCAGUCUCCAGCACCGUGAGGGGUGUGUCUGUCGUUGAUAAGCUGCCCAGUCUGCAGUGUUCCGUCACAGCAGCCCGAGGGGACUAAGACGGGGACAGAGGAGCUGAGCUUCCCCAUCCACCAGCCUCUGAGGCGCCACCCCUCUGAUGAUGCAGGUGGGUGUCAUUGGGUCCAGGCUCCCACAGGCUUUCUGGGACGGUCCCCCUGCUUCCAGUCAGCGCAUGUUCAACGUGCAGAGUGUGGAUUCCACAGCUGGAGCCGGGGCUCUGCCUUGUGGCAGGAUGGCCAGCCCACGUGGUCCUGGUCCCGGGAGCACACUCUCCAUUUGGAUCGCCUUCCCCACAGACCUCAGAUUCUUGCUUUGCUGGCCUUGGAGGCCAGAUGUCCCCAACUGGCAUUGUCCACUAUGUUCCCUUUAUCAGCAGGGCUCCUGCCUUUUUUCCUAACAGCUUUACUGAGAUAGGAUUCACAGCUCGUACAACUCACCAUGGACCCUGUACAGUUCAAGGCUUUAGGGGCUCAGAGUUCAGCAACCUUCAGCAUAAUCAGUUUUGGAACAUUUUUCUUACGCCCCCAAAGAAACCCAGCCCCUAAUCAUCACCCCAACCCCCAACCUCCCGUCGCUAGGCAAGCACUAAUCUCCCUUCCGUGUUGUGCCUGUGUGGACAUGGCAGUUGUGAACGGAGUUGUGAAGUUCCCCAGGUGCUCAACCUUGUUCCGCCCACUCCCCCUCCCCUUCCCCCUCCCCCAGAGCCCCCAGUCUCACACUGGUCUCAGCUGGCCGCAAGUGCUGGAGACUCCGUCAGCCUGAAUGUGGUGUCAGCUGUUUGCCAAACACCGAGAGCAUCAAGUGUGAAUAAGGCCAGGCCUCUCUUCUCGUGCUGUUCUGAACUUCGGCUAAUAAAAUCCUGCCUCACCCAGAGAGGUCCUCCAAGAGCCCAUGUCCUGUGGUCUGUGACUGCCACCCCUGGAUUCCUCUCCUGGACAGAGUGACAGAAGGGACUCGAGGAGGCAGGAGGACCCCCGGCCACAUGACCCUCGUGGAUGUCCACGGCUUUUCCUGUAGGAAGACGAGGAAUGAUUACGUGGGGCUAUGGACCUUGCCGGAUUCGUUGGUUCUGAAUCAGCUUCUCUUUUCUGCUCAGGAAGGUCCUCAGGUUUUGGAGGGUGUUUUGCUUAUCACUUAAAUAAUCACUCAGCAGGUUGAGCUGGGCCUCUGAACGCCGGGUGUGAUGGAUUUUGCUGAUUUCCUGCUUACCUUUGAAUCAGAAAGAAGGGAGAGUGCGAUGCUUACAGAACGACGGCGGUUUCCAUCCUACAGCCUUUGCACUCCGUGAGGGGCAGUCUCCCCUCCCAGGUAAACAACGGAGGGGCCUUCCUGCGAAGACCUGCCCGGUGAGGGCCCAAGCGUACUGACCAGCCUUGCCUGUCAGAGGAAUGGGGAAGGAUGGGAGAAGUCUAGUCCAAUGCCCCCCAUACCCAGGCACCCUUUCCUGGGGGGAGUCACCUUCGGUUCUUCACGCCUAAGUGUGACUCAGCGCCCUGGCUCCUUCCCUUCCUGAGAAGAGAGUCCGCCUGCAGCCUGACUGGGGGCCUGCGGGACUCACAGGAUGUGGACCCGGCCCCUGCUCUUUAGCCAGAACCUGACAUCGAAAGGGAAGCCACAUCCGAAGGCUGCCCGCGGCCGACGGACAUGGUUCAGACCCGGAUUCCCUUCCUGACCGCGGUGCAGCCUCCAGCAAGUGGCUCUGUCCUUCUGGGCUCGGGGCUGGAGGGGAAGCUCCCCAGAGGGGCCGCGAGGACCCGGAGGGGCCGCCAGCGGAGCACAGGCCGGCUGCAGGGCCAGACUCACCCGACACGACCUGCCCUCUUGAGCAGGCGAGGGGCGGCUCAGCCACGAGAAACGUAGUCAAGGUGGUCACCUUACCGUCCAUCCGCAUUUAGGGAGAAAUGAAGACGCGGUCUUUGCUGUUCUGAAACUAUUGUAUGUGUAAGUUUUGUCCCCGUUACGAUUGCGAAUGUCUUGACGGAAAGGACCGUUUUUGCACAUAUCGCCGCAUUACCGCAGCCUGUGAAGGAGGGGACGUCGCUGCUGUCUUAGAAGUGAGGGACGGCCCUGGAGGCCAGGCGGUGCCAGCGCCCAGCUGGGGGGCAGGCAGGGCAAGCGAGGCGGGCCCUUGGCCUCACCGUUUGAAUAGCGCCUGAAUAGUGCCGGCUGUUUCUGUGCUCAAGAACAACGACCGUCGUCUUUUUUUUAAAUUUAUUUUUGGCUGC